UUUCUGCUCAUGCGUAGGCAUCGUUUUAACAGCGGCGUUGCAUUGCAAGCCCAUUGCGUUGCAAAUAGUCCUGCACCAGAUGCAUGUGACUCCUAGAGGCGGUGCUUUGGAGGCUGGGUAAUAUCCCCAUCUGCACUCAAACUGCGGGGAGCAGAUGGAGAGAUCGGCUUGCGGAAGGAGGUGUAGGUUAUGGGCUCGGAAAUAGACUAAAUUCUGUUGUGAUCGAUUAUUUGUUUAUCGUUCAUCCCAGUUGCAAGCCCACGCUUUGGAGGCUGACCGGCUAAAGAAAGAAUCGAGCUCUAUAUUUUUUUGUGUGUGUGCGUGGACGUGGGAAGUGAAAGGCAGAAAACUCAAUCUGGAUUUCGUUGCACUGUUAAUGGUGGGGAUAAAAUCAGCGACCGCACAGUAAACUGACAAGAGAGAGACUAGAGAGCGAAUUGUUAGCAAACGCACAGCGAAAACAGCACAAGAAACGCAGCCACCCCGCCGCAACUGAACUGAAGGAACAUUUAAAAAGGAGGAUAUUAUUUUGGAGUAGGUCCGCGUUGGCAGAAAUCUGAGCGAGCAACAGUAAGCUUCACUCAACUCAACGGCUAAUCUUGUUCUGCAGGAGAAGCGGAAACGUGAACACAUACCGUGACCGGUACCGGGGAAGUCGGUGCUGCUCCGGGCAUCGGUACAUUGCGUCGCGCUUGUGUUCGCUGCUUCAGGGUCUGUCCGCGGUGAUGUUCCCGCUGACAGCCAGCCGUGAGAUCCACAGGGUCAGCACAGCCUGAAGAGUUCAGUUUUCUCGGAUAGCAUUAUACUGCAACAGAUCUUCUGGUGUCCUGCGAAACCAGCCUUUAUAGAAAUGACGAACCAAAACCGAAUCAUCAGAAAGAAUUUCCAAGCGCCAGAUUAAAACCGGACGUCCCAGAAACCGAUUUGUAUUCAUGGUUUAGCAGAACUGUUUAUUUUUAUUUUGUUUUUGUAUUAUUUCAUUUUUUUUAAUUGAAAUUUAUUACAAUCCGUUGUGUACUUUUUUAAAUUCUAUUUUUUUUCAUACACGCGUGUCUUAUUACUUUCAUUCCGUGGGAAAUAUUAAAGAACGUUUUUUUUGUGUUUGUUUUCGUCCUAAUUGCGAGACAUUGGGACUGAUUGUCAAUGGCGUUUCUAAUGAAGAAAAAGAAGUUUAAGUUUCAAACGACCUUUACCUUGGAGGAGCUGACCGCUGUACCGUUUGUCAAUGGUGUGCUUUUCUGUAAAGUAAGGCUGCUGGAUGGAGGAGAUUUUACAACGUUAUCUUCAAGGGAGGAGGUGCUGGAGAACAGUGUUCGCUGGAAGAAGAGGUUCAGCUUCAUAUGCAAGAUGAGUGCCAAUCCCACCACGGGGGUGCUGGACCCCUGCAUCUGCAGAGUGUCUGUUCGCAAGGAGCUCAAAGGCGGAAAGACCUACUCCAAGCUUGGUUUUGCUGAUCUCAACAUGGCGGAGUUUGCUGGCUCAGGCUCCACUGCACGCUGUUGCUUGCUGGAAGGGUAUGACACCAAAAACACCCGGCAAGACAACUCCAUCCUAAAGGUAACUAUAGGGAUGACCCUGCUGUCCGGAGACCCCUGCUUCAAAACGCCUCCCAACACUGCCAAAUCCAUCUCCAUCCCCGGACUGGAUCACUCCCUGCAGCUGGACUGCAAGGGCGAGGGGGAGGGGACGGGAGGGGGCAGCAUCAGCAGCGUCCCCCCUACCGGCAUCACCACUGUCAGGCAGCUGAAAACCCGCGCCUCCAUGCUCAGCUCCGGUCUGUCCGAGGAACCGGAUCAGAACCUGUCGAGUCCAGAUGAAGUUUUCCACACGGGUCAUUCCAGAAACUCGAGCUACGCCAGCCAGCAAUCCAAGAUAUCAGGCAGGAAACAGCUCGGUAUCUUGCCCACCUCCCUUCCUAACAUUCUCUCUUCGGAGGGAAGCCCCACUCCUGUCACCCCGUGUAGAGACAGAGGUUACAGCACAGAGCACUCGCGCUCCUCCAGCAUGUCAGACCUGACACACCGUCGCAACACCUCCACCAGCAGCAGCGCCUCGGGGGGGCUCAGCAUGGCAGUGGAGAGCGCCGAGGGGGAGAGGGAGCCCAGCCGCCCCGAGAGACCCCCACGCCCCCCCCGGCCUGCCGUGCUGCCAGACAGACCUGCCAGAAGGAAGAAGGACUCGGUGGAAAGCCACCCCACCUGGGUGGACGACACGCGGAUGGACGCGGACGACAUCGUGGAGAAGAUUGUUCAGAGCCAAGACUUCAGCGACGUCAGCAACAACGAAGACAGUAACUUGAGGCUGUUUGUCAGCAGAGACGGCACCACUGCCCUGAGCGGGAUUCAGCUGAGAAACAGGGUGUCGGCUGGUGUGUUUGAACCGGUGGUAAUCGAGAGCCAUUAAAUAUUGUAAUACAUAGUGUUACUGUGCGAGCAAGUGGAGUUGCUCCCUCUACUGGAGACCAUUGUGGAACAGCUACCAAACCUGUGAAGCUGCUGUUCCUGUACCACCUUCACUGUGUGUCGUCCUAGUACCUUUCAUAAUGUUAAUGAUAGAUGUAUAGAUUAUAUAUACUGUAUACCACUAAUGGGGUUCCGACAUGCCAGUGUGACAUGUUAAAGAUUAUACUACUAAUAUUAAUAAGAAUUGCUACUGCUGGACGACAGCCACUGAAAACAAAAAGGGUGACCAGGGAAGAUCUCUUAAAUGUCUAGAACGAUAUAUUGCUGUUUUACGUAUUGACUUGUAGGGUGUUCUGAAGACUACGUUUCCCAGGAGCUAUUGCUGCUGCACCACACAGGGAGUUGAUCUCUUGAGAUGCAAAGGGUGAUGGGAAAUGUAGUUCUGUUGUAUUAACAUCUUUCCGGACAGCCAGGUUGUCUGGGAAAUGCGGUUUUGAAGUGUUCCAGUGAACUGCGGGAGUAUUUUGCCUAAAAGGCUGUAUUGUGAGAGCAGAGAGAACCAAUACAGAAUACUGGGUGCGAAGCAUUUGAAACCAGCGGAUCAUUAGAAUAUAUUCUGUAUUGUGUGGCUCCAUGAAAAGGGAUGUCCUCUUGAAAUUGUUAGUGAAAUGCUAUUUGAACCCUGUGUAAGAGGAGAGAUCAGUCUUGAUUGUGUCAGGGGGGGGAAUUCUGCUAGUGCUGAGAGCGCAUUGAAAUCCGCCUCUUCCCUUGUGGAGGGGGUCCGUUCAACACAGCCUCCUUUCCAGUGCUCCACUUGCAGUUUUCCUCCGUACUGGUGUAGGUGAGGGCAGGGAUUGUGGUCCGGUUUGUAACUGUUUUAAACCAAUUGAACCCUGAUCCGGUGCUCUUGGAGACUUAACCAGCUGUCUUGUUGUAUUAUUAUUAGUAUAAGUAGAGAUUGCUUCACGCAGGCAGUGACUGUUGUGAUUUGACAUGAGCCUGCGUUUGCCUGAAGAGCGAUGCACAGCGUGUUUCUGUUCAGGGAGGCCUUCUCCUAAACGAACCGAGACGGCUAGGUUUCUUUUUUCUCCACAAAAACAGUUGUUCUCGUGCAUACUAGCUGGGCUAGCUUGUACGAGAGAGAAAGAACGUGAAGUUCUUCAUUAAGUCUAUGAGCUGCUUGUCUUUUGUAUGGUCCUUCCUUAGCAUUUCCUAGCAAUAAGCUUUGUCUCUUAGGGUCACUCUGGCUGCUACUGUGGAGCUAUAUAGACCACAACAGUACUGUUUGUGUUGCCUCUAUUGCAUGGCUCUUCUGCAUCCACUCUACUCGGUGUGGGGUGGAUUCAGUUAAAUACAGCGCCUGCCUUAGUUUCCUAUUCUACAGCAAUUUUAAUUAAGAGGUGCAGCCUGAAUUAUAUGUGACCUCAGUUCAGGGCUUGCAAUGCGAACACAAGAGUUCUUAAUAAAGAAAUUGAUUUGAAAUGCGCCGUAAUAGGAAAAUAAACCAGGUGCUGCAUUAUGCAUUUAUUUUUUUAAAACAAUGAUCUGCCCCAUCCACAUAACCUGGAAAGAGCCCUGUCUUUAACCAAGAGGGUACAAACUGUUUUAGGAUGUAGAGCAGGUGCGUCAAACAGCGACCUCUAGUGGAUAAGACACUGGGGUAAUUUCGACUAAUUUGGAACUCUAACCGUACCCUAAAAAAAAAAAUAAUAACAUCCAGAAAUUAAUUCAUGACAAAAAAAGCCCUACAGUCAUCAGCAGAGGGACUAGACCUGCUUGCGUUGCGUUUUCUGUAUCAAGCAGCUCCUUUCGUUAUUGUGCAUAUCUGUGCACCGGCCAGGCAACUGUUCUUGCACAGGUUUCUAGGCUGUUGAUUAACCGCGUAUCCCGCCAGCUUGGAACACACUCAUCCUUAUCACUGUUCUGAUAGCGAAGUGUUGCCAGGUUUAGCAAGCGAGUAUUAAAGUAUAAAUGGUGCCCUUUUCUGUGUCGUGGUGACGUGUUCUGAAGUUGAACGCUGAAACACGUGUCUUGUUUAAUAACGGCGGUUCUGUUUAACCCUAUACCGCUGUCUGUAGGUAUUAAUAACAGGUUCUUCAUUUCACUGUGUUACACAGAUUUUGAUUAUUUGAUUUUAAUUCGUUUUGGGUUUUUUUAAAACCAGCGGGCUGGUUUUUUUUCUCUUUUUGAUAUGUUAACCCCCUCCCCCCACCCCCACACGCACCCAUUCGGCGCAAGAUCCGAAUAGCCGGAUGAAAAAAACAACUGCGUAUUAUUAAAAACGACAGUUCUGUGUGCUUCUUGUUUUAUGAUACUGUUUUGUAAACGAGAGCGUCUUUUUUUUGUUGUCGUACAAGUUUUUUUUUUUUUCCUUCAUACUUGACUGUUUGUAACUUUGUGAUUUUUAUAUUUAAAAUUAAAUAAAUAAAUAAAAUACUUUAGCAUAAUCGAGCGCUGUUGUUGUGGACUGAAAUAAACGGGUUGCCAGUCUGUCCGCAGGUAGUCGUUGUGGUUCGUCUGUGACAAAUAAAAAGCGAUCUGGCAUGUUUCUGUAUUUGAA